CCUCAAACUGGACUUUAAAGAUGUCCUGGUCAGACCUAAAAGGAGCAGCCUUAAAAGCAGAGCAGAGAUGUAAGGAAAAAAAUGCCCGAUGUUACCAUGAUCAUUUGAAGCUGCUGAAGAAGAAAUAACUUUGAAGGUGAAGGUGGAUACAGUUUUAAGACAUUAACUUAGAAACUAGCAGGUUCUUGGUUUAGGAAGCCAAGGUCGACCUCACGCGCACCUUCACCUUCCGCAACUCCAAGCAGACAUACACAGGAAUUCCCAUUAUAGUGGCAAACAUGGACACUGUGGGGACGUUUGAAAUGGCCGUGGUUAUGGCAAAACAUGCAAUGUUCACUGCAAUUCACAAGCAUUAUUCUCUGGAAGAAUGGAAACUGUUUGCUGCCAAUCACCCAGAAUGCCUUGAGCAUGUAGCAGCAAGCUCAGGUAGUGGACAAGAUGAUUUGAAAAAGUUAACAAGUAUACUAGAGGCCAUUCCAGCUAUCAAAUACAUCUGCCUGGAUGUGGCAAACGGCUAUUCAGAGUAUUUUGUGGAGUUUGUGAAGUCCGUCCGUGCCCUGUUCCCACAUCACACCAUUAUGGCAGGCAAUGUGGUGACAGGAGAGAUGGUAGAAGAACUUAUUAUUUCUGGAGCAGAUAUUAUUAAAGUGGGUAUUGGACCAGGUUCUGUGUGUACCACUCGGAUUAAGACAGGGGUUGGCUAUCCACAGCUAAGUGCUGUUAUUGAGUGUGCAGACUCAGCACAUGGCUUGAAAGGACAUAUCAUCUCUGACGGAGGAUGCAACUGCCCAGGAGAUGUCGCCAAAGCGUUUGGAGCUGGUGCUGACUUCGUCAUGAUUGGAGGAAUGUUUGCAGGCCAUGAUCAGUGUGCUGGAGAUAUUAUAGAAAGGAAUGGCAAGAAGAUGAAACUAUUCUAUGGAAUGAGCUCUGAUACAGCCAUGAAGAAGCAUGCAGGAGGGGUUGCUGAAUACAGGGCUUCGGAGGGCAAGACUGUGGAGGUACCAUACAAAGGGGAUGUGGAACACACCAUCCUGGACAUCCUCGGGGGGCUGCGCUCCACCUGCACCUACGUGGGAGCUGCCAAACUCAAGGAACUGAGCAAGAGAACGACAUUUAUCCGGGUCACCCAGCAGCACAACGAGGUCUUCUCCUAGCCUAGGUCUGGGGGGCUGGAGAGAGGGGUGGGGGAGAAGAGCAGAAAGGGCUGCUCUUUUCCUUUGCUUUCUCCUCCAUGUUGUGUUAGUGGCAAACUUCCCUCUCAGAACAGCAGCGUUAUAGCCAUUGGCUAUGGCUGGGAUUUGGAAGGGGAAGGUCAUGCUAUUAACACAGUGCCAUUGAUUCAAAAUGCAAUAGCCUCAUCUUUUAUUGUUGUGCCUAUUUUAUUUUUUAAUCAACAUUUCUUCACCUGUUUUUCCCCCUCUGAUAAAUGGCUGCUGAAACCCCAGUUAACAAGGAAUUGGCUUGUACAGACAUGGCUCUUAAUGCCUGCACACAUUCACACAUUCCCUUUUUUAAGACUGACCUGUCAGCUACCACCACUUUCUGGCAGUGCACCUUUCAGAAAUUGCAGGCUAGGAGAGAAAAUGAUACAAGGAAUUGCAUGGAGAAAUAAAAAAUCAAAUUCUCUUAGUCUUUUUUUCUGGCUAAAGAAGAGAUGUUAGGGCACAACUGCCAGCCUGCAAAAUGUCAGAGGUGGAUGGUAGAUGAGGCCUGGCUGUUGGUGACAUGUGAUGGUAAAAAUGCCAGCUCUCUCUCACUUUCAGUUCACAGGGCUGAUGUUGCUGUUCUUACUUAAACCUCCCUAUUCAGUGGACUUGCCCCUUCAGAGAAGCUGGCACUGAAUGUAACAAAACUGUGCUGGCCCCCCUGCCCCCAUCUGAGGAGAUCAUUCAGAAGCUUUUCAGAGCUUGCCUGCUUUAUCAUGAGUGCAGUUAUUGAAUUACCUGGGUUCCUGUUUUACCUGCUCUCUGGAAACAGGUUUUUAAGACAUUGAAACUCAGCAGCUGUAACCCUGACAAGAGGGAAUGGUUCUUGCAGUCCGCCGUGUUCCCUUGCCUGCUCACAUCCAUUUAGCAAAAAUGUAAAAAUGCUGUGCAGUGCAUUGUCUGUGGCCAGGUGGAGGAGACCAGAGGGAUCAAAUUGCCUUCUGGUUAUGUGGUACCACUGCUUUGCAGUCCUUGACAUCAUGUAAAGCAAGAUAGAGCUUUUGGCAGAACAGCCUGGUUGAUUGCAAGACACAGUCAGGCUGAGUUGGAGUUAAAGCAUUUGCUCUAGAGGCAGUAAUGAAGGUUUGAGACUCUGCAUAACACUUCAGUAAAGUGUAAUGGUCUGAUAAUUAAUUGAUAAAUCACAAUGAAAGUUUCUUUGGAAAUACACGUUGCAUCCACGACUACCACAGUAGCUCGAUAUGAUAAAUGAUGUAAAAGUGAGCACUAAUGAAUUAAUAAUGCUUGGCCACUUACUUUGAACUGCUACUGAGAUCAUAAUGCAGCUGAUAUUACUUCAGUACUUCAGAAUCUUACUUUCCCCUCCUGUAGACAUCUGUGGAAAGAGGCAGGCUUCCUUUGAAAAGCAAAAAAGUGAUCUGUAGGAAAAGGAAUAGCAAAGAGAAACUCUAGACUGGACUGCU